AUGUGCAGGUACCACAUGUUCGGCCAGGGUAUGGGGUCCAUAGUCGUUCAGGGCCAGGACGCGAGCGGCAACUGGGGUGAGCUUUGGCGCGCCACGGGGGACAAGGGGGAUGUGUGGCAGCAGGCGCUGGUGGCAGUGCCCCCGGCCAUGACCCUUGUGCGGCUGGAUGGCGUGGUGGGCCCUGAUUGGAGGAGCGACAUGGCUGUGGAUGAGAUGACGGUCAUCACCACCACCACGACCACCACCACCACGACCACUACCACGCCCGGGCCCGCGACCGGAAUCGAGGCGAUCAGCUGCGACUUUGAGACGGACAAGUGCGGCUGGACCGACACGUCCAGCAAGAAGUGGAGCGAGAAGUCCGGUAGCACUCCCAGCUCCAGCACCGGGCCCAGCUCUGCCGACCAAGGCAGCGGGUACAUCUUCACGGAGGCCAGCGGGCGAAACAGCGGCUACCCCCAGAUCGAGUUCAUCUUGGAGAGCCCCGGCUUCAGUGCGGGAAGUUCGGACCGCGCCCUCUACUUCUCCUACAGCAUGUACGGGAGCGGUAUGGGCAGUUUGGCGCUCGAGUACAGUGCCUCUGGAGUUUGGACGCCCAUCUGGGAGAAGUCAGGACGACCAGGGCCAGGGCUGGCAAACCGCCGCAGUGCCCGUGCCCGGAGCCGCGGAGAUGUUGCGCUUCAAGGGCGUCACAGGCAGCUCUUACAAGUCCGACAUGGCCAUCGACGCGGUGGUUGCAACGGAUGGGGGUGUGACCACGCCGCCGCCGCUCAGUGGGGAGCAGGCGAUCCCUUGCGACUUCGACACCGACUUCUGCUCCUACUCGCAGACGGGGCAGAAGGACUGGAGCCGCAAGAGCGGCAAGACCCCGAGCUCGAACACAGGGCCGAGCAGCGCACAGCAGGGCACCCACUACGUUUACACCGAAGCGAGCGGCAGCAAUAA